UUAUUGAGCUGCCGAUAACACCAUAAUUAUUAAAAUAUUUGUGACUAUUAAGCAAGCUAUGUGACCGAAUUAAUUUACAUGUAUACAUCUUGAUGCAGUAUUGACACGAUAGUUUCAAUAAGUUGCUAAAUAAUAUUUGUUCAAGUGUCAGGCUACUGUAUCGAUAAUCUAGAAUGAUGGACUGAUAAUUCAUAGAAGUCGGAUAUAAAAUGCCUGGCAAUUGAUAGUUGAACACACUUGGAGUGAUUUUGCCGAACUAAACUCUUCACUGGUAACACAAGAUGAUUGGUUUAAAGUUGUCAUUUUUUAUUCUUGGGGUCUACGUCGUAAGCCAGGUUCUAUGCCAGACCCCUAUACCGACUCCGGGCUCUUUGACAACUGCGGACCCGAUGACAAGUGUGGGCCCUAUGCCAGGUACGGGAGAUAUGGCUACAACCCCAAAGCCAGACACAACCACGAAGAAACCUUUGACUUUUGCUGAUCACAUUUACGCAAUCGCAGAGGAACUUUUGGGCUGCGAGGAAUAUGAUGAUGAUGAUGAUGAUGAUGAUGAUGAUGACGAUGAUUACUCCUGGUGUUGGUAUUAACAUCAUAAAGCAGCGCAAUAGGAUCUAAGAUCUAAUCAUCAAGUAAUUUAUUAUCAUCUUCAUUAUUUUUAUUUGAAAAUUAAUUUAAUACUCAACAUUAUUGCUGGUGAUCAUUAUGUAAUUAAAUUACGAUUUGUUCGGCAGGCUUUUGGCCUUCUCAUUAAUUAUUUACAUCAGCUAAUUCUUAAAAAUUUGUAAAAUGAAGUUAAUAAAUCUAACUGCUUGUAAACGUAAAAGUGCCUCGCCAAGGCGUUAAAUUAUAUCGUCUCUCCUACGAA